UGCCCGUGAGUGAUCAGAAAUGUGUUAGAACGUUGUUUCUUACGUAAAUGCGAAGUAUAACCAGUAUAACGUCGCUGCCACAGAGCAAGAAGAUCGAACGUGCCCCAGCAGUGGGCUUCAGAACCAUGAACCGUCUUUCGCGCACACUUGGGUUAGAUCGGCGCGUUGUAGCGUGUUCACUUGAAAGCUGACAACGAGCAGCUUGUGCACUGUGUGUUUCCCCGGGAUUUUCGACAGUCGUACUACAGAGACCAGUACCCUUUCUAGCCUCUGUAGUCGUACUCCCCCGAGGGCAUUGUAGCGCCUGCGGCACCGCAAUGAGGAAGUGCUGCGUCUUUACGUGUGGUGCCUGCGAAUCCGACGGUGUUUCGCUCUUCGACUUUCCCAGGAACCCUAGACUAAGGAGUAAAUGGAUUCGGAUGGUCGACAGGGAUCGCUCUGACAUCUCCGAUUCCACCGCGGUGUGCUCUAGACACUUCCCAGAACACCUGACAGGGAAGAAGGCCAAUCCCAGACUGAAAACGGGCGCCUUUCCGACGCUUCAGCUCCAAGGAGCGCCGACCGCGAGUACCGGAAGAAAACGACUGCGCUGUCGUGCCGGGCCUCUCAACACUCCUGAUAGUUCAGUCCGUGUGGUCUUUUCUUCUGAAGAUGCUGAUGGUCUGUCAUCUUUGAAUGAGCACCUGAAUCUAGACCAAGCAACCAUCACUGUGGUCAAGGAAGAACCCGAGGAGGUACUAAAUACUCCAAUGGGUGAAAGUCUGCAUUGGGAGGACUAUGAUGGAGUGUCCACCACUCCAACGCACUUGGAAGAUGUGAACAAGACUUGUCCAGUGAAACAAGAACCGGAGGAGUUUGCUGCCACCCUUGGGAUGGAAGGUGAGGGCAAGACCUUUGAGGCCUUUGACUCCAUGCCAUUAUUGCCAGUGCUGCUGGAAGGACAGCGGAGGGACGGUUCCCUUUGUGUGAUUGAAGUGCCGGACGAGAUACUGCCCACUCCAACGGGCGGAGGUUUCCGUUCAGAGGACUGCAACAGAGUGACUUGCCCCCAGCUGGACCUGGAAGUACACAACAACAGCUGCUUUGUGAAGCAAGAGCCGGUCGAUAUGGCAGGGGAGAGCUCCGACUGUGGGGGAAGCAACAGCUUGUCCUCUUCCAAAGAACGAUCGGACCAGGAAUGUCUGGACAAACAGGUGAAUCCAAGAGAUGGCUGUGUUUUCGGAACCUGGUCCAGCAUCUCCACAAGCAAGAUCAUUGUGAUUGAGGGCACACAGACGGAAGAAGGGUCUGAGAGGCAUUGCUUAACUACUUCUGAAAGGGUUCACACUGAUGAAAGGCCCUUUAAAUGCUUCGCCUGCCCUAAAGCAUUUAAAACAAAGUCAUGCUUGACGAAGCACAAGAUAUCUCACAGCGAUGAAAAGCCAUUUAAAUGCCCCAUCUGCCCUAGAGCAUUUAAAAUAAAGUCAUACUUGACUGUGCACAAGAUAUCUCACAGUCAUGAAAGGCCAUUUAAAUGCCCCAGCUGUCCUAAAGCAUUUAAAAUAAGGCGAAGCUUGAUUGUGCAUAAGCUAUCUCACAGCGAUGAAAGGCCAUUUAAAUGCCCCAGCUGCCCUAAAGCAUUUAAAACAAAGUCACUCUUGACAAAGCACAAGCUAUCUCACAGUGAUGAAAGGCCGUUUAAAUGCCCCAGCUGCCCUAAAGCAUUUAAAAUGAAGUCAAACUUGACUGUGCACAAGAUAUCUCACAGUCAUGAAAGGCCAUUUAAAUGCCCCAGCUGCCCUAAAGCUUUUAAAAUAAAGUCAAGCUUAAUUGUGCACAAGCUAGCUCACAGCGAUGAAAGGCCGUUUAAAUGCCCCAGCUGCCCUAAAGCAUUUAAAAUAAAUUCAAGCUUGACGAAGCACAAGCUAGCUCACAGCGAUGAAAGGCCGUUUAAAUGCCCCAGCUGCCCUAAAGCAUUUAAAAUAAAUUCAAGCUUGACGAAGCACAAGCUAUCUCACAGUGAUGAAAGGCCGUUUAAAUGCCCCAGCUGCCCUAAAGCAUUUACAAUAAAGUCACGCUUGACGGAGCACAAGAGGUCUCACAGUGAUAAAAAGUGGUUUAAGUGCCCCUUGUGCGCAAAUUUGUACCGUAGCAGAGCUUCCCUGAGUGUUCACAAGAGUCUUCACCACAGAGAUGAAAAGACCUUCAAAUAUGGAACCCUUGAAGGAGCAUUUGCAAAGAAACAGCUCUUGACCCAUCAUGAGCUAAUUCAUGCGGGCCCAAGGCGCUUCAUGUGCUCCACCUCUUCGGAAGAGUUUCGUUUUCGGUCUAAGAUGAAUGCUCACGAACCUAUUCACGUGCCUGUGGCUUUUAAAUGCCCCACCUGUCCGAAAUUAUUCCGUGCGAAGUGUUACUUGGAUGUUCACGAAAAACUUCAUAAAAAUGAAACGACUUGUCUAAGAGACAUCUGUCAAAAGUCGCACAUUAGUAGUCACAAAACAGUUAAUGAGUAUAAAGAAACUAGCAGAUCUGACACGUGUGACAAAGUUUUUGAACAGGAAGCAGGACCAAGUAGGGUCCAGGCUAUGCAUAAAGAUGAAAGGCUACUUAAACGUGGCACCUGCUUAAAAGAGUUCAAGGUAAAAUCGAGCUCGAGUGAGUCGCAUUUGACUGCCCGUGGAAAGAUUCACCAAAAUGAACUGACCUACAGACCUGGGACUCAUGCUAUAGCAGUCACUGACCAAGAGCACCUGAAUGCUCACCAGGCUGUUCACAAGAGUGAAAGUCUAUCCAAAUGUCCCAUCCAGCCAAGAGCGUUUAAACUGAACUUCCCUCUUCAAUCAAAGCUUUUUUUUCAGAUGAAGCUUCCCUUGAAUCUCCUUUCAAAUUACAAGGGUACAAUCUACAAAUGCAGUACUUGCACCAUGGCAUUCACUGAUGAACAGCACUUGAAUGCUCACCAGGCGGUUCAUACAGGAUGAAUGCCCUACAGUGCAUCACCUGUCGAUGAGUUUCACAGAAUGUCUACCUAGCAUUGUUAUGAGUUUGAGGCUAUGCAUUUGAUACCUGUGAACUGGCUUCAGAUGAAGUAGGAGCUUAGAAGUGCAUGAUUCGUGUAUAAAUGUGUACAAACCUGUGCCCACUUUGAGGUGUGCGAAAUGCCAAAGCCUUGUCGAAAGGAAGCUCUUGCUGCCGGCGGGACAAUUGAAGCUUCUACCUGCUAUUCUCACCUUGUCAGUGACUAUUGUGCGUUUUUGUUAAAAACAGUGACACAUGUCAGUACAUUAUGAUCAAGCAUCGGUUUUUACAAGAGCUGACCCAUCAUCUCACUAUUUUUGUAUAUAAAGAAGGGAGAAUGCUCUACAUUCCUCUCACAUGGCUGCUUAUUAGUAAAAAGAAAUGUCUGUCAGAGACGAGGUGUUUGUUGUGACAUGAUUUUGAGUGAAGUGUUGCUAGAUCCUAGAAUAGAAAGGAAGAACUGGAACAUUUUUUGGAUAACAUUGACAUGCUAUUAGGCUAUACCUUGUUUUAGUGUGUUAUUUUAUUCAGAGCACCUUUCUGUAUCGAAGAGGCUGCAUUUUGAUUUCAAAGUAAAGAAACUCUGCUUUUGGAAUUAUGUCCGAUGCGAGUCAGUGCAUUACAUAUAAAGCCGCACCUGCUGUGGAACCAUUGUCGGAGGACUUCGCUGUGUUGCAGCCCUCCCAUCAUUCAACUACUGCUGUGUUCCAGUCCUCCCAUCAUUGCCCUCUUUCAACUUGGAACUCCCUAGGUGUCUACACUAGAGAUGGGGCUAUAAACAAUUCUGUAUUUAUUUUUUUGAACAAUGUGUAUUAGCAGUUUGACCUGUUUGGCACGUCAUAUAGUUUACUCGUAAUCCUUGAAUACAUUGAAAACAAGCUGGGGAGGUUAUGAUUACCAGAUUCUUGACUUUGCUAUGUUGUAUGUAUGUUUUAUGCGGAUAAUUGAAUAAAUAAAUGCUUUUUACUUUAGUUGC